AACAGACUAGAGAGACAAGAUACGAGGAUGGCGAUAUCGAAACAAUGGUUCAGUUCGGUCCGAAGAAAGUUUCACAGAUCGUCUCACACCAUUCUUCCCGCUACCAAAACAAGCACAAGAAGUUCCAGUGAAGAAACAGCAAGUUUUGAGGAAGAUAUUGCAGCUUCACCAACACCAUCAUCAUUCCUAAAGAAGGAUUCAACCAAAGGAGAUACUGCAGCCACUAAAAUCCAAGCAUUUUUUAGAGGCCAUCUUGGAAGACUGGCAUUUCGAGGUCCUAAGAGCGUGGUAACAACCUCUAGAAAAAAACGAUUGGGGAAGUCCCAGAGUUGCUUCAGAAUAGUUCGAAGAAAGUCCCGCAAACCAUCUCGUACCACCACCAAUCGAUCAGGCAGUUCCAUUGAAGAAGCAAAUGUUAGAAAAGAAACCACCAUCUCUGAAGACCCCACUGUUGCAGCUUCAUCUUUUCUAACCACCAUUUCUGAAGACCCCACUGUUGCAGCUUCAUCUUUUCUAACCACCAUCUCUGAAGACCCCACUGUCGCAGCUUCAUCUUUUCUAACCACCAUCUCUGAAGACCCCACUGUUGCAGCUUCAUCUUUUCUAACCACCAUCUCUGAAGACCCCACUGUUGCAGCUUCAUCUUUUCUAACCACCAUCUCUGAAGACCCCACUGUUGCAGCUUCAUCAACGCUGUCAUCCCAGAAGACAGAAAUGACCAGAGAAGAUAUGGCAGCGGUAAAGAUCCAAGCAUUUUUCAGGGGCCAUCUUGCAAGAAAAACUUUUCGAGCAGGUGAUAAGAGCAUUUCAACAAACUCCAAAAAGAAAAGAACGGGAAUGUCCCGAAAUUGCUUUAAAAUAGUCUUUCGCAGAACAUCUCGUAGAGACAUUCUCUCUCCCGAUGGCCACAUUCCAAGCAAUUCCACUGAAGAAGCAAUUGCUAAAGAAGAAAGCAAUGAACAAACAGCUUCAUCAGCGAGAAAUGAAGAAGUGACCAAAGAAACAAUCAGCUUUCUAAACGCCAAUGGUGAGGCUUCAUCAUCAACACUGUCAUCCGAGAAGAAAGACUUAACCAUAGAAGAUACUGCAGCCAUCAAGAUCCAGGCAUCUUUCAGGGGCCAUCUUGUAAGACAGACAUUUCGAGCACGUGAGACGAUUGCAACGAGCUCCAAAAAGAAAAGAAAGGGAAUGCCCCCAAAUUGCUUCAGCAUUGUCCAAAGAAGGUUUCGUAGAAGAUCUCCUAAAGCUACUCGAAGCAGCUCCACCGAAGAAGCAAUUGUUAAAGAAGAAACCAUCAAGGUCGAAGACGGCAAUGGUGCAGCUUCAUCAACACCAUCAUCACAAAAGGAAGAAUUAACCAAAGAAGAUGUUGCAGCCGUCAAGAUCCAAGCAAUUUUCAGGGGCCAUCGUGCAAGACGAGCAUUUGGGUCACUUAAGAACCUGGUAUCAAGCUCUAGAAAGAAGGAAAACAGACAGAGAACAGUGAGAGUGUCCCGGAAUCUAUUCGCCAUAGUCCGAAGAAAGUUCAGGAAGGCACCACAUAGAGAUAUCAUCUUCCCCCACAACAACCCUUGUGCGAGAAUUUCCACUGAUGAAGCAACUGUAACAGAGGAGACAAUCAACUUCGAAGACGCCAAUGAUACAACUCCAUCUACACUGUCAUCCCCGACGAAAGAAUAUUUAACCAAAGAAGGUAUUGCAGCCAUCAAGAUCCAAGCAUUUUUCAGGGGACAUCUUGCAAGACGGGCUUAUAGAGCGCUUAAGAGUCUGGUGAAGCUACAAGCAGUGGCUCGUGGGGUGUGUGUAAGGAGACAGGCACGUAUAGCCCUGCAUUGCAUGCACGCGCUCGCACGAUUGCAGGUCCGGGUUCGUGCACGACAACUACUUAAUGGUGACGAGUUGUUGUGAUGAUCGACGCACCGCAUCAUCAGGAUUAUAAUCUAUUUUAAGUUAAAAUAGAGAAAAUCAUAUUCCGCAUAUUGACGAGUUUUACAAAGCAUCCCUAUGUGUGCCUUUAUAUUUUUUUUUGGACUGUGUAACGUAAACCUUGCAUUUUGAAAAGCCUCCGCCAUUUGUACUCUUAUUUUUCACAAAUCAUUAAUUAUUGAUACCUUCUACUUA